ACCGCUCGUGUUUCUCGCGCGGAAUAUACACAGAAACGCACACGAGGACAGUGUUUUUCUCGUAUUCCCGCACACUUCGACCGUGUAAUUACGUGAUGGAACACCGCCAGUCACUCAUCUUGUGUCUCGUUUUCUCUCUAUUCCUCAUAUUCGGGGCUCUCACGUUCAGGUACCUCGAAAGCGAAGAAAAUGUAGAGGAGCCUUGGGAAUGGCAGAGACUGAAGGAAUUCGCGUUAUUGUCCUCGGACGAGAUGCAGUCGUUGCGGAGGUGGCUUUCCGGUAAUUGCUCACAUCUUGCUAAUUCUACGAUUGAAGCCCUUUUUUCGGAAGGAUCACGUCCAGACAUCGUGCAAGAUGUGGAGUACACGUGUCCCCACUUGCACCAGGUGGAAGUGCGAUACAUGAUGACCUUUACCGAGUCUCUCUUCUUCUGCGUGACCGUACUUAGUACCAUUGGUUAUGGAUUUCAGUAUCCAAUAACAGUUGCGGGUCGAGCCGUGUGUAUAAUCUAUGCUCUCACGGGCAUUCCACUAACAGGUUUGAUGCUGGUAUGGACCUCUGACUUCUUCAGCGAACAGCUUAUCAAGUUGUUCAAAGCAACGCUGGACGUUAAGAAACAGCAAUCCAACAUGUUCAUCGCUCUCUUCACUCUGAUUUGCAUCGCCGUGGGGUUUGUGGUGUUUAUCUUCAUUCCUGCUGGAAUUUUCAUGGUCAUUGACUAUUGGUUGUACUUCGAUGCAGUCUACUUUGCCGUCAUCACUCUCACUACUGUCGGCUUUGGAGACAUGUUAGCUGGAACGGAGGCGUGGGGCUGGAGAAGGAGCGUAUACGAGGUCUGCAUCAUUAUGUGGAUCAUGACAGGGCUGGGCUACUGGGUCACUGUCGUCACCUUCAUCACAAAGGCGCUCAAGUCCAAACGCCAAAGCUCCUUCCUGCGCAGCGCCGAAGAGAUGAAGUUGUUGAUGCAGCAGAUGGGGAUCAAGGACACUGACCCGAGGUUCCUCAGUUUCGUGCAGCAGCUGAGCAACUUUAUCGGCAUCGAGAUGGACGACCUCCCUAACGACGCGACAGCCUUCCCCAGCACCUCCUCCCCUGCUGCAGCGCCGGCGAUGAGCUGAGAAGCUCCCUUUUACGAGGUUAUUUGGUCCAUAAGUUGGAGACUACUAAGGCAGUGGGCGUUAGCUGUUAGGGGGUUAUUUGUAGUUGCUAGUUUGUGCAUCUAUUGCUAGGUUAUGUGUAUAUUCGUUAUUUAAGUAUCUGUUUCACCGCUCGUUCCACUCAUUAUGUGAUUUUAAAUACAUGUGAGUACCAAGGUUGCAUGUGGCGUGUGCUAAUCGGUUUACAAGAUGUCCUAAGUUCUAAUUUUGACAGCUAUUUAUCUGUCACUUGGAGUAAUAAAGUGGAUAAUUUUGGGACAGAAUAUGAAAAUAUUGAAAAUACCUGCAAGGAAUAAUCUUUUGAUAAUUCUACCAAUGAAAGUAUUUUAUUGUACAGAGCUUAGUGUAUCAUAUAAACAUAUGUGUUUCCCUACAGUUUGUACAAAUGUUAAUUCAAUUGGUUUAUUGUCUGAAAGAGGCAUAAUUGUGCACGAGAACUGGCACACAUCACAUUGUUUCCUCCUGCAAGACUGCGUGAUUAUCCUCAUACGUAUGAAUCAAAUGUUUUUGGUGGAAACUUUCUAGACGUUUCAAAACUUCUCUAUGUAAUCCGUGCUUUCAAAGUUUUCCUUUUUAUUUUAUAUACUAUGAUUUUUUCUUUUUUCAGUAACUUGGCUAAUAAUAACUUUGGAUGUAAAUGCUCCAUUAAAAUCUGACACAUUGAGGUGGCAGGUAGCACGACGAAAAAAAUACAAUCUUGGGAUGGCACGCAGGUUAAUAGCCAAAUUUCUCAACAGUGAAUCUGACAAUAUAUACAUUAAGUAUGUCACUAAUAAAGAUGCAUC